AUGACAGGGGCAAAGAGGAAAAAGAAAAGCAUUCUGUGGAGCAAGAUGCAUACCCCUCAUUGUGAAGACUUUAAGCAGUGGUGCAGAAGGCGGCUACCUAUUCUGGAAUGGGCACCACAGUACAAUCUGAAAGAAAACUUGCUUCCAGACACCAUGUCUGGGAUAAUGUUGGCAGUUCAACAGGUGACACAAGGGCUGGCCUUUGCUGUUCUCUCAUCCGUGCACCCCGUGUUCGGUUUGUAUGGGUCUCUGUUUCCUGCCAUCAUUUACGCCAUAUUUGGAAUGGGACGUCAUGUUGCCACAGGCACCUUCGCCUUGACAUCCUUAAUAUCAGCCAAUGCAGUGGAACGGCUUGUCCCUCUGAGCAGCCAGAACCUCACCACACGGAGUAACACAAGCAUAGUGGGUUUAUCUGACUUUGAGAUGCAAAGGAUUGGUGUUGCUGCAACCGUUUCCUUCUUGGGAGGCGUGAUUCAGGUGGCCAUGUUUGUGCUACAGCUGGGCAGUGCUACAUUCUUGCUUACGGAGCCUGUGAUCAGCGCCAUGACAACUGGAGCUGCCACCCACGUCGUGACUUCACAAGUCAAGUAUCUCUUGGGAAUGAAAGUACCAUAUAUAUCUGGACCACUUGGAUUCUUUUAUAUCUAUGCAUAUGUCUUUGAAAACAUCAAGUCUGUCCGACUGGAGGCCCUGCUGUUAUCCUUGCUGAGCAUCGUGGUGCUUGUUCUGGUUAAAGAGCUGAAUGAACAGUUUAAAAGGAAAAUUAAAAUUGUCCUUCCUGUCGAUUUAGUUUUGAUUAUUGCUGCAUCAUUUGCUUGUUAUUGUACCAAUAUGGAAAUCACAUAUGGAUUAGAAGUAGUUGGUCAUAUUCCAAAAGGAAUCCCUCCACCUCGAGCCCCCCCGAUGAAUGUCCUCUCUGCAGUAAUCACCGAAGCUUUCGGAGUGGCACUUGUUGGCUAUGUGGCCUCCCUGGCUCUUGCUCAAGGGUCUGCCAAAAAAUACAAAUACUCAGUUGAUGACAACCAGGAGUUCUUGGCCCACGGCCUCAGCAAUGUGAUCCCUUCAUUUUUCUUCUGCAUACCAAGCGCUGCCGCCAUGGGCAGGACGGCCGGCCUGUACAGCACUGGGGCAAAGACACAGGUGGCUUGCUUAAUAUCUUGCGUUCUUGUCCUGAUAGUCAUCUAUGCCAUAGGACCUUUGCUUUACUGGCUGCCCAUGUGUGUGCUUGCAAGUAUUAUUGUCGUGGGAUUGAAGGGAAUGCUGAUACAGUUCCGGGACUUAAAAAAAUACUGGAAUGUGGAUAAGAUUGAUUGGGGCAUCUGGGUCAGUACAUACAUAUUUACAAUAUGCUUUGCUGCCAACGUGGGGCUCUUGUUUGGUGUGGUCUGUACCAUCGCUAUUGUGAUCGGUCGUUUCCCGAGAGCAAAGACUCUGAGUAUAAAAAACAUGAAAGAAAUGGAAUUUAAAGUGAAGACAGAAAUGGAUGGCGAAACUCUGCAGCAGGUGAAAAUUAUCUCAAUAAACAACCCACUUGUUUUCCUGAAUGCAAAGAAAUUUCAUACUGAUCUAAUGAAUAUAAUCCAAAAGGAAAAUGCCAACAACCAGCUACUGGAUGAUAUCAGCAAGUGUGAACAAAAUACAUUGCUCAAUUCUCUAUCCAAUGGCAACUGCAAUGAAGAAGCUUCACAGCCAGGCCCCAGUGAGAAAUGCUUUUUAAUCCUGGAUUGCAGUGGAGUAACUUUUUUUGACUAUUCUGGAGUCUCCAUGCUUGCUGAGGUUUGCAUGGACUGUAAGAGCAGGAGCAUGGAAGUGUCAUUAGCCCAUUGCACAGCUUCCCUGAUAAAAGCAAUGAAGUACUGUGGGAACCCAGACUCAGAGAAACCAAUUUCUUUUGAAUCAGUAUCUGCCGCAUUAGGUAACAUCUAUUCAAAUAAGAGUUUGAGCAAACUCAGUGAUCACAGUGAAGUCUGAGACCCCUUUGCUGCAGUCCAGCCCUUGUCUUCAGCAGCUGCCCUGAGCAGGCCACACUCUGACAUUUUGCACACCCUUGUUUGUUGUUGAGAUCCUACAGACGACCUCUACUUUAAGUAUGAUGUGACUUCAUAACCACAUGGCCACUGGUCAAGAUUCGCCAGCAAUUUUUCUUAACCUUUGUUAGUAAGUAGUUUAUCUUGUAGUUAUUUUAUAAAAAUUGGUAUGCAUUUAGUUUUAAUGUACUGAGAAGCAAACAUGAAUUUAUUUCCUUUGCCACAGUAUUUUCUGUUGUUUUAUGUCUGUUUUGUUGUAAGUUAACUUGUAAAACUGAGAAAUACUUUGUCAUAAGAGAUUUAGAACAUUUGCAAGCCAUUUGUAAAAACCCAGCAUCAUCUGUAACUAAUGUAUAAAAACAACUUAGCUAAUGUGCCAUUUUCCCCUCCAAAAACACAAA